GGUGAGUGAACAAAGUCUUCAGAGGAGCAAGACGCAAGGCUGAAGCGAGUGGGCUGACAGCGGCACUACAGUGGAAUAAUACCGCGGUCAAACACCAGCCUCCGGUGUGUUGCUGUGGAAUAGGCUACCAACAUCUGGCUGAACGGGGAUGUAGCGGAGGAGCCCGCAGAUGCGCCGUGAAAAUGUUUAACUGUGUCUCCAACAGCGUGGGUUCCUCUGGGCCUGAUGAUAUUUUCGAGGAGGACUCCUACUCUCCGUCCUCCCUGUCCUCGUCCUCCUCCGCUUCUGUCCCCACUGUGGCCUCCCUGCAGGGGAAAACCCUGUGCACCUCCUGCGGCCUGGAGAUAGUGGACAGAUACCUGCUCAAGGUGAACAACUUGUGCUGGCACGUUCGCUGCCUCUCAUGCAGUGUAUGUAACACAUCACUGGGGCGACACGUGAGCUGCUACAUCAAGGAUAAACAAGUUUUCUGCAAACUCGACUACUUUAGGAGGUAUGGGAUCCGCUGUGCUCGCUGUGGCCGUAACAUCCAUUCCAGUGACUGGGUGCGUCGGGCACGAGGCAGCACCUUCCACCUGGCCUGUUUCUCCUGCACCUCUUGUAAGCGCCAGCUGUCCACUGGGGAGGAAUGUGGACUACUAGAGAACAGGGUCUUCUGCCGGCCACACUAUGACAUUAUGAUGGAGAAUAUCAAGCGUGCUAGGGAAAAUGAGCAACCAAAAGUAGAGGAAGAGGUGGCAGAGAAAGAUGAGUCCGGCACCAUGUCCAGACCUGCUAAGAGGGCCAGGACCAGCUUCACUGUAGACCAGUUACAGGUAAUGCAAACUCAAUUUGCUAAAGAUAACAACCCUGAUGCCCAGACUCUCCAGAAACUGGCAGAGAGGACUGGUCUCAGCCGCAGGGUUAUUCAGGUUUGGUUUCAGAACUGUCGAGCUCGUCAAAAGAAAUACAUCAGCCCAAAUUCUGCUUCCUCAACCCUGAUGACAUCAUUUGCUCCUGGUCAGCUGACACCACCUCUGAUGGAGGAUCUGCAAUACACAACCUAUAUUUCUCCAGAUGCACCCCUCCUCACUACACUGACUUAUAUGGAUGUUCAAAGUCCAGACCCACUUUUGCUUCAGCCAAUCAUAUCCCAUUCGCUGACACAACUGCCAGUCAGCCAUGCCUGAACUACAGCCCGCCUCUCGAAAACUGAAGACAGAGAUUGGCUGAUGGGAAGAUUAAUAGCAAAUCCUUACUCUCAAUAAUAAAAUGUGGGGAUUGGAUAACUUUAAUUCAUAUACUGUCCAAUUGCCCCCCAGCAAUUAAAUUAAACAACAAGUUCAGUUUCCACUGCCUGAUGUUUGAGCAGAAACUUUAAAACUCAACCUGUUAAGUCACUGAAUUAAUUUCAUCCAAUCACACAGAGAUUCACAGGUGACAAAAUGACAAGUUAAAUAUGGGUAUAUGUCAGAUGAAGAUUUUGUUAAUAUGUAUAUGUUAUGAAUUUCUUUGUAUUUAAUUUAUUUGGAGAACAUGAUGAGAUAAGGCACUUUGUUGGAAAAUGAGUAUAGAAUUGAUUUUCAGUUAGAUGUUUAUUUAAUGAUGUUUGAGGAUUGUAAAAUUGUCAGUUGGGCACUCACAACAGGGAGAGAGACAAUUGAGUGGUUUCUCCUCUGUAAAGACUACUUUAUAAAAUUCAGGCUUGGUUUAUACUGCAAAGGAAACCCACUGGAGAUCAUGCGUAGACUCUCCUGUUCCUUCCUUCGUUAUUGACAGAAAUGUGUGGAAACACCUUGUUCUCCAAAUGCAGUGCCCAAGUCUGUUCCUCUCAAAACAUUCACGUCUAAUUUUGAAUAAACAACAUUUCUUAAGAUGCUUUUUAGUAGAGCAUGUGUUAAGUACAGACAAAUAGCAAUACAGUGUGUAAAUGUUUCCUUAGAUUGGGAAUGUGAGAUAGACGCCAUGUAUGAACUGCACACGGGGAUAGAUAAACUGUCACAUUAGAUGAUGGAGAUACUGGAAA